AGAGCGAGAGAGAGAGAGAGAGAGAGAGAGAGAGAGAGAGGUCUGACACAAGGUUAUAUAGUGAUAGAUGAAGUUAUGUAUUUAACAUUAUAGUGAACUUACAGAGACAUCAUGACGCAGUGUGACCGGAAGUUACAGAUCUCAACCAGAGCGAAGCUAAACAGGUUCAACUCUCUGAGGGGUCGAGAGGUACGGGGCGCCGGGUUCUGGGACGUGGUGGUUCUCACCGCGGUGGAUGAGAGUCAAAGAGCCGCUUACGAGCUGCAGGUCCGGGGCAAGGUCCACAGAGGAGAGCUUCCUCUGGGGAUCCAGUACCAGGUCUUCUCUGAUCCCCCUGGAUCCAAAGUAGGGAAUGGGGGCUCCACUCUCUACGCUCUGCAGCAGCUCGACGACCUCUAUGGCAAAGCUCUGAGCACAAUGAGAGUCAUCCUGAUUCAUGCAGGGGGGUUCAGUCAACGUUUGCCUAAUGCCAGCGCCCUGGGUAAGAUCUUCACGGCCGUGCCGCUGGGUGACCCUCUCUACCAGAUGCUGGAGCUCAAACUGGCCAUGUACGUGGAUUUCCCAUCUCACAUGAAGCCUGGCGUUCUGGUGACCUGCGCCGAUGACAUAGAGCUGUACAGCAUCGCAGAGGGUGAACAUGUGAGGUUUGAUAGACCUGGUUUCACGGCUUUGGCCCACCCCUCCCCGCUGUCCAUUGGAACCACCCACGGCGUUUUUGUGUUGGAUUCAUGUGAACAGUCGACUCACUCGGAAAUGGAGAACAGUUCCUGUCUGCGCUUCCUGCACAAACCAAGCAUCAAGAAAAUGCAGGAGUGUGGUGCUGUUUGCAAGAGGCAGAGCGGUUGUUCCGAUGAACUUGUUUACACAGACAGCACCUAUUAUGUCGACUUUGAAACUACGAAGACUCUUCGUAACCUGCUGAAAGAGCUGGAGCCUUUGCAGUGUGAGAUAGACGCAUACGGGGACUUUCUUCAAGCUCUCGGGCCCAAAGCUACGAUCGAGUACACCAGCAACACCGCAAAUGUCACUAAAGAGGAGAGAGGACUCGUCGAAAUCCGACAAAAGAUCUUCCACCUCCUACACGGGACUCCCUUGAAUGUCAUCGUCCUCAAUAACUCCAAGUUUUAUCACAUUGGAACCACGUCAGAAUACCUGUUUCACCUCACUGAGGACGUGGCUCUGAGGAGGGAGCUGGGCCUCCUGUCGUCUGCCUUCAGCCUGCAUGUGAGUGAAAGUUCUGGCUGCUGUGUUAUGUACAGCGUCCUCGAUCCUAGUUGCUCUGUGGGAGCAGGAUCGGUGGUGGAGUACUCCAGGCUGGGAGCGGGAGCAUCUGUAGGUAAGGGCUCCAUCGUCAGCAGCUGCUGGGUCGGUCCGGGUCUCUCAGUGCCUGACGCGGUCUUCAUGCAUUCGCUGUGUGUGAGCCACCGGGAACGCACUGGGUUUGUAACUGUCGCCUUUGGGAUUAACGACAACCUGAAGCACAGCGUGGAGGGCCCUGUUCACGUGGACAAGCUGCAGCUUCUUGGGUUAAACUUGGCCGGCUGUCUCCGCAGCUGGGGGAUGGAGAGCGAGGUGCUGAGGUUCUCCGGUGACUCAUCCAGCUGCAGUUUGUGGAACGCCUGUCUGUUUCCUGUUUGCUCAGAUCCACAAAGCUCGUUCUCAUCGUCUCUGGAAAUGCUGCAGGCCGUGCUGAGUGGCUCCACGAUCCCCCCGCCCAAAGGAGCAGAGCUGCUUUCCAUGCAGGAGUGUUUACGGAGUAAGAACCUGGAGGAAAUGUUGGAGUUCCGGACGGGCCUGUAUAAUGACAUUACACAGAGCAAUCUGAACAGUUAAACCUGUUACGUUUGACUGAUUAUGUCAAAUAUAGACUGUAUAUCAAGAUGGACAACAUGACAGCUACCAAAAACUGAAGCCAAAUCAUCUUGUUUGACCCCCUGGUGGCUGACUGCAGUACAUGUCAUAAACCCUGCAUUAUUCAUGUAGGCGGAUGGAACAUGGGCCAAACUGAAAAAUCUAAAUUAAUUUUAAUUUUAAAUUUUAAUCGACACACAGAAUAAUAUAUUUUUAUGAUUAAAAAUAAAUACAAUUUUAAAAUGUGCUUAGCUUGUUUAUUAAGCUAAUAUCUCGAGGUAAAACCAUGUGUGUUUUGUUCAUAUGCCGGAUAUAAAGACUGUGGUACUUAAAAUAAACAUUGCUGUGUCUGUAAACAAAUUAUAUAAAUGAUUUGCUUGACAGACCCCAAAGUUUAUGUAGUUUUCGUAUAUUUUUGGGUUUAUUCAAUCUGUAAGAAUGUCACAUUUUAGUUUAACUGUUUAUUAGGUAUUUUUUUCAAGAUGCGGGAAAAAAAUUGAAAUUAAAACUUAAACAUGACAAAGAUGACAAACUUGUGCUCUGUUUGUAUUUAUACUUACAUCCCCCUCUGACUUCUGUAUUCCAACUUCUAUUUCAUUUUCAGUUUUCUGCAUCAAUAUCAAGUUUUGGGUCAUUGAUACCGAGCAGAAGGGAACCUCUUACAGUUGAACAGAACUCCUGUGAAAGACAAACGUGUUGAAAAGUAGAUCAUGUAUUUUGAUGUUUGAAAUGUAGGCCUACUUCUUUUAUUGCUGAAGCAGGCCUGCUUGGAGAUUCGUCCAUAUCUAGCAACAAUAUGUAUAGUUACAUCUAAUUCAAGAAACCAGACACAUGCAAAACAAUUGCCGGUUUGGGCUUAACUCAUUGUUCCUGUAACAUCCCUCCCCAAAGACCACCCAUCCCUGCCUGUAGAUGGAACUGAGUGAGGAGCGAGAACAGGAGAAGACCAAGGGAAGUGGCUUUGUCUGCAACAACUCUUCAAAGGGUCUGUAAAGAAUAAGACAAAUAAGAACACGAUGAAGGACAAGGGGGCAAAUCUGUGCAGCAGCUCUCCCGCAAAGAAGAGGAAGAAGACACAGACUGGGAAAACAUUGGUUCAAAGUGAAGCAGAAAGGCAAUUUCCUCUGCCUCCUCCGCAAAAAUGCUUGAGGAAGACAAAAAAUGAAACCGAAUCCGAUUGAGUCCUUUGUUAUGACUGCCACUGCGACAGCACCAAUGACCUUCCCAGCACCCACCUUUCUUAAUUCGUCUGUCUUUGAUCAAACCUUUCCACUGCCUCACUCUUUAAGAAAUUCUUCCUUUUGUCUUUCAUUUUAUGAACCACUUGUAAAGCCCCCUGACUUUUUUUUAACAGUCUUUCAUUGUUAACAUUGGUGCAGUUUUCUUUUUUCACCCGAGGUAAUGUGAUGAGUCAUUCAAUGGUACAUUCUUUAGCUUUGCAAGCAGAGGUGGAGAAACCAGUUUGAGACACCGAGUGUCUUCACUCUGCUCUACAUGGACAGCCCUAUUGACUUAGAACAGAAUGAGGCUCAGGCCACAGUCAUGUAUUCUCUCAUAACAGUUUAUUUAUUACUGCAGUCAAGCAAGUUAGUAAAAACUACUGAUCAAAUUUCCAUGGAACUAGGGCGGGAACCAAGAGAGAACUUUAACUGUCCUCAUUGUUUAAAACUACAUUUUUGUUCAUUACACACUUAGUUACUCACUGGAAAGCUCUGAUCAGACCUCAGACUUUAUUGUCCCCUUUGGAUCGAAGGAAGUUGGACAAUAAGCUUAAAUGUUUCCAUGUCCUCCUUCAGAAUACUCAAAUUUGGUUGUUUUCCGAUCUUUAAACAAUUUGCCUAUUUUAUUCAGUGAUGAUGUCACCGCAUGCUGUUUUGAAACUCCUUUAUUCCUUACUCUGUUUGAGUGUGUGCGUAGUCAAAGCAUGUAACUUCUGUAUUUCGAUCUUUCUGUCCAUACCUUGGUCUUUGUUUAUUGUUGUUGUUUUGUUUAUGUAACUAUUGUGUUUCAUAAUAUUGUCCCUUGUAUCGUUCUGCUUCCCAUCUGCGAGUGUUUGGGACAUUUUACAUGCUUACAGAGUGAAUAAACCA